AGCGGCUCCUCCCGCACAGGGGUCCUCCUCCCCCCCACAGCUCCAUCUCGAGAAUCGAAAGCGGCGAUGGAGCGGGUGGCCUGGCCGGGACCCGCGGCGGCGCCGCCCUACGAGCCGCUGGGCCCGCAGCCCGAGGGCGAGCGGAGGGCCACGAGCGCCGUGGUGGUGGUGGAGCCCCCCCGGCAGCCCCCGCCCCGCGACCACCUCGCCUGGUCCCUCUGCUCCGCGCUCUACGCCAACGUCUGCUGCCUCGGCUUCCUCGCCCUCGUCUUCUCCAUCAAGUCCAGGGACCGCAAACUCCUAGGUGACUACAGUGGGGCGCACAGCUACGGCUCCACCGCCAAGUACCUGAACAUCACCACGCAGCUGCUCAACAUCUGCCUCAUCAUCCUGGUCAUCAUCCUGCUCGCCAGCGGCGUCAUCGUCCUGGCAAACCCCUUCCGCCCCGGCGGGAACCUCGGCCCCUUUUAGCCCUCGCCGUGCCCCAUCUCUCGCUGCACCUGCCAGGAGCCCGCAGGGAUCCCCCCUCGCUCCUCCAAGCCAUGGGGAGCCCUUCCUGAUGAGCGCCCACACUGGAAGCGCCUGCGGAGCCCUCUCCUCCGGCAGGAGCCGCACACCCAACACCAGCAGCCAAGAGUCACACGUCCUGCUUGACACUUCUCUGGCGUUUUGUAGCUCCAAGUGCCUCUAUAAGUAACCCCGCGGAGAAGCCUCCUUUGGAGAAAAGCUGGAUCAAUAAAGGUUUCUUUCACUUUUAA